AUGUCGGUAAAGACCAUCAACGACGAAGGACAUUUCCAGGCUGAGUUGUCAGCCGCCGGCGGUAAGCUCGUAGUCGUCGAUUUCACAGCUACCUGGUGUGGUCCUUGCCGGAAUAUUGCUCCAUUAUUUGAGCAACUACCUACCAAGUACCCGAAAGCAGUGUUCCUUAAGGUAGACGUAGACAAAUGUGCCGAAACAGCAGCUACUCAGGGUGUAUCCGCAAUGCCAACGUUUAUCUUCUACCGUGCCAGAACCAAAAUUGACCGACUCCAAGGAGCAGAUAUUAAUGGACUCGAUGCGAAGAUACAGAAACAUUAUGCUGCUAGCGCAGAUGAUUCGGGGGAGGAUUAUGGCCAGGGCAUGCUGGAUUUAAAUACCUUCAUCCAGAAGAACCAAUGCGAAUGCUUAAAUGAAGCCGACGACCAUCCAUGGACGAAUGCGCUUACUUCCAGCGGUGGUCAUUUGGCAUCGGAUUGUGAUGAACAGCUGAUUAUAUCGGUUACCUUUAAUCAGGUCGUGAAGCUGCACUCUCUUAAAAUCAAAGCCCCGCCGACGCACGGGCCCAAGAAUAUAAAGCUGUUCAUAAACCAGCCCCGUACGCUCGAUUUCGAUAUGGCCGAUUCGUACGUUUCGGUGCAGGAUCUGGAGGUAGACCCGAAGGAUCUAGAAACGGGUAAUCCGAUGAAGCUGCGGUUUGUCAAGUUCCAAAACGUGCAGAACAUUCAGCUGUUCGUGAAAGACAAUCAGUCGGGCGGUGAGACGACAAUCAUAGACCAUCUGGCCUUCAUCGGUCAGCCGAUAGCAACUACUAAAAUGGACGAUUUCCAGCGGGUUGCCGGGAAGAAGGGUGAAAGUCACUAAAACAAAUUUAGCUAGUCCAGCUGGUCCCAAUGUGGGCCACGGAAACCGCAUGCUUCCCAUUGUCGAAAGUGUUAUGUCGGUUGGGAUGUAAAAGCGAUUGAUUUGUAUGCAGUUCUUAUUUCUCAUCAAUAUGGAAUAUCAUUUAAUAAAAAAAAUAUAA